AACCGGGAACCGUGAGAGCGGGCACGGCCUCUGGAGCGAAUCUUGAAGGCGCCAUCUUUAUCAUGGGCGGAAGCAGCCUCCGAGAACCAACCAAUAAAGCUGGCGCGCGAAGUCACGUGCCACGCAUCCUUGACCCAGGCCUCGCCUUCCACGCCGCCCCGGCUGUCAGAUUCAGGCACCCAGUAAGCGGGUUUCUCGGGGCUCCUCCUACCGCUACCAGGGCGAGCCCGCUACGCGGGUCUCCGAGUAGCGCAGGCGCCUUCCAGCCUCCGCGCUUGCGCACUCGGCGACCUCCCGCCCGCACCAUGAAGGUACUCCGGCGGGCUUGGCGGCACCGGGUGGUGCUGGCCCUGAGCGGCCUGGCGUUUUGCAGCACCACGCUGUUGUAUUUGGCGCGCUGUGCAUCCGAGGGCGAGACGCCCGCAGCCGCCGGAGCCGCUCAGCCCCGCGCUAAGGCCUUCCUGGCGGUGCUAGUGGCUAGUGCGCCCCGCGCUGUGGAGCGUCGCAGCGCCGUGCGCAGCACGUGGCUGGCACAGGGGAGGCGCGGCGGCCCCAAGGACGUGUGGGCGCGCUUUGCUGUGGGCACCAGCGGCCUGGGCUCAGAGGAGCGGCGCACGCUGGAGCUCGAGCAAGCACAGCACGGGGACCUGUUGCUGCUGCCCUCCCUGCGCGACGCCUACGAGAACCUCACGGCCAAGGUCCUGGCCAUGUUGACUUGGCUGGACGAGCACGUAGACUUCGAGUUCGUGCUCAAGGCGGAUGACGACUCCUUUGCGCGCCUGGACGCCCUACUGGCAGAGCUACGCGCACGUGAGCCUGCACGCCGCCGUCGCCUCUACUGGGGCUUCUUUUCUGGGCGCGGGCGAGUCAAGCCCGGAGGUCGCUGGCGAGAAGCUGCCUGGCAACUCUGCGACUACUACCUGCCCUAUGCUCUGGGCGGUGGGUACAUCCUGUCAUCGGACCUGGUGCAUUACCUGCGCCUCAGCCGGGAAUACCUGCGUGCAUGGCACAGUGAAGAUGUAUCGCUGGGUGCUUGGCUGGCACCCGUGGAUGUGCAGCGGGAACACGACCCGCGCUUCGACACAGAGUACAAAUCACGGGGCUGCAGCAAUCAGUACCUGGUGACACACAAACAGAGCCCGGAGGACAUGCUGGAGAAGCAACAGAUGCUGCUUCAUGAGGGCCGAUUGUGCAAGCAAGAGGUGCAAUUGCGCCUCUCCUAUGUCUAUGAUUGGUCAGCACCACCCUCCCAGUGCUGCCAACGCAAGGAGGGCAUUCCCUGAUGUCACUGCAUGUGCUAGGGCCUCUCCGGACCCAGGUCAAGCUGCCUGGACAGUCUGGCCAAUUGUCUGGGGUGAGCCUGGUUAAUACAAUUACUGUUGAGGCCUUGGGACCUCAGUUCAUUUACGGAUGGCCAGAGGCAGCUAACAACAUCUAGUCCGUUCCUUGGAGGGUAUGCUCAUUCGUGGUCUUGUGUAAGGCCUGCCCAGGGGCAUCUUGUAUGGGUUUGUACAUUGCAUCUGCACCCCACACACACCCCAGUGUAAUGCCACCUAUCAGCCGUCUGGGGUGUGAGGGCAGGGGGCCUUUGCCCUUGAUGAGUUUAUGGUACUGCAUUCCGUCCCUACUUACGAUGUGCAGCUCACUGCGCUUUUUCGCAGACUGUUGGAUUCAUCUGUGUAUUGCCAUCAAAGUGUUACUUGCCAAAAUUGUCAUUGUAUCCUUUGGACAAAGAUCCAUUCUGUUGUGUCUCCUGUUAUGUACAAGUCUGAGAUUUGACUUGAUUUUUCAAGUCAGCUAGCUUAGAGAGUAUUUUGUCUCUGAAGAUAGUUUGGUAAAUGUAAUUCAGUUUCCUUGAAAACUAUUUAUAAAUCUUGUAAAUUUGUGUAGAUAAGAUUUUUAAGUUGAAAGCUUAACUUGUGUGGUGGUGCACAACUUUAAUCCCAGCACUCAGGAGGCAGAGGCAGUUAGGUCUCUGAGUUCAAGGCCAGCCUGCUCUGCGGAGAGAGUUCUAGGACAGUCAGGCCUACACAGAAAAACCCUGUCUCAACCUCCACACCACCCCCCAAAAAUAAUUUGAGUAUGUGCAAGUCUUAAUUUUUUUAACUUUUUAAGAAAAAUACUUUAAUGUCAAAACUUGUAUCUGUGUAUUAAUCUGUCGACACCCUGAGUGGCCAACCAGUUGCUGGACAUAUUUAAAACAUAGAAAAUUAUUUCAACUGUCCAUUUCUCUUUCAGGUCUCCUAAUAAGUCCCUUUGUUUUUGUUUUUCUGAAUAGACCACUUUUAAGGUUUUUCAGAGAGCAUGAGCUUAUGACUUUAAGGCACUUGGCAACUAGGAUGUCCACACAAAGUUUGUCUUUCAAAUAUGCUUGGUUUGUUCACACAAACAUUCCUAACAAUAUCUAAGUUAAGGCAGAAGCAGGUGGAUCUCUGGGAGUUCAAGGCCAAUUUGGUCUGCCUAUUGAGGAAACCUGUCUCAAAAAAGAAAAGAAAGACAAAAACCCAGACGUCUCACCAAGCUGGGACCAGUUGUUUGGGCAGAAAUGCUGCUGCAGGUUCCACUGAGGAAUCUCCAGUGAAUACAUUUCUGAAGCGUGCGUGCUUGACCACUGCCCACUGUGCCGUCCCGUCCUUCACUUGUGAUAGACAAAGGAUGGCACCAGUCAAAGUCCAGGAGAUCCUUGAGAGCGUAAGCCGAUGGCCAGCACUAACAGGCAGGCUUGAGGGGCCAAGCAUCAGUGGUCACUGAGGCCAGGACCACAAAGAGAGUCUGGAGUCCUCUUGGUGUCAACACUAACUAUAGAAGCCUCUUACAGGAACAGUGCGAUCCUAGAGACCAUUUCCAGACUUCUGAUUUUUGUGUCAUUUCACUGGGUAGCCGCUUUGGACUAAGGGGUCAUUGGCAUACCAUCCCCACCUUGGGGUUAGCUCAUUAGCAUAUCACGACCUGUCCUGAAUUAGGCUUGUAUGUGGACUGCCAGGGGGCUUGUGAUGGAGGAAGGUCAUUGGUUAAAUAAAAAGAAACUGCUUGGCCCUCAUUGGUUAGAAGAUAGGUGGGAGGAGUAAACAGAACAGAACGCUG